AUGACAUGGAGUCAUGAACACGAUUGGAAGCAAAUAAGAAUUAGAAGAAGAGUUAAAAGGCAUAAUGAAGAGUUGAUAGCAUCUGUUAAUCAGACUGAACUUGCUAAGUGGAUUGAAGCAGGGGAACUAUAUGAAGAGCAUGAAGAAGUAUUAUUAAACCAAAAUGAACGUACUUACUCAGGAUCAGUUGGAGCCAGAAGAAACCAUGUUGACAAUGACGGAAAUCAUAUUGCUGGAGAAACUUUUUAUGGAAGUUCCGGGAAGACCAAUAAGAAGACUGGGAUGAAACGCUAUUCUAGAACUUCCACCAAGAGAGCUACAACCACCAGAGGUUAUGACUGCCAAUAUUGUGAUAAAUCCACUGAACCCAACGGUGUUUCCAACUUUAUCAGAAUACACAGUACAAAUGUUGAAUGA